UGGCUCAACAAACGCGAAGAGCUACAGUUGGUCUACGGAUCAUUCAGAAAGAGACAUCCUACCCCUAUACUCCGUGGAGAGAUGAUGGCGCCUGCUUCCAAGAAAACCAUGUGCUUGGCAACUACAGCUGCUCUCGGCCUGGUCUGCUCCGUUGUUGCAUUCCUCCUGUAUUUUGAGCCUGCGUCUCCUGUUUGCCCAUCUACAUUAGCCGAUGUGAAAAAUCAUGAAGACGUGAUUCCAGAUGAAAAGCCCUUAGUCCUGCUGUGGUUCUGGCCUCUUGGUGUGAAGUUUGAUUUCAAAGCUUGCUUUACCCACUUCAAGAUUGAUAGCUGUGUUCUGACGGAUAACAGAAGCCUGUACAACCACGCAAAGGGAGUCAUUUUCUUCCACAGAGACAUAGCCGGUGAUCUGAAAAACAUGCCGCAGGAGCCACGUCCAGCUUUUCAGAAGUGGAUUUGGUACCAUGUGGAAUCCCCAACGAACACGGGUAGGACACCAGGUCUGGAAAACCUGUUCAACUUAACAUUGAGCUACAGAAGAGAGGCUGACAUUACAGCAAGGAACGAGCUUACAAUCAGGAAGACAGAAAUGAAAAAGGACUUUGUUCUGCCCAAGAAAGACAAAGUAGUGUGUUGGAUUGUCAGUAACAACUUCCAAGUCACAGGGACAGCUACAAGAGAAAACUAUUACAAAGAACUGUCCAAACACAUUAAGGUCAAUCUCUUUGGUACAGCCUUCACAGAGAAACGUUUGAGUUUUGAGGAGUAUUACUCAACCAUUGGCAGCUGUAAGUUUUACCUCGCAUUUGAGAACUCGCUCCACAGAGACUACAUCACAGAGAAGGUCAACGGGCCCCUUGUGGCGGGGACGGUGCCUGUUGUUUUGGGUCCGCCGAGAGAAAACUACGAGGAGUUCCUUCCCUCCGACGCCUUCAUUCACGUAAAUGAUUUCCCCGACGCAAAGUCUCUGGCUAACUUUCUGCUGUUUAUGACGGACGAAGCGUACAUGCGUUACUUUGAGUGGAGGAAGUUUUACGAGGCCACUCCUCACCUCUUGUCAGUCUACAAUGAAUUCAUUCAGCCCAUCUGUCUCGCCUGUGACCACAUGUCAAGAGACGUCUAUUACAAUGUAGUUCAUGACCUGUACAAGUGGUACACCACAUGA